GUGCCGUCCUCGUCACGGCACCGCGGGGCCGCCAUGCCGGCACGCCUGCUGCGCGGCCUGCGGCAGCGCUGGCGCCGUUACAAGUACCGCUUCGUUCCUUGGAUCGCACUUAACCUAAGCCACAACCCGAGGACCCUCCGAUAUGUUCCAGAAGAAUCCAAAGACAAAGUUAUCUCAGAUGAAGAUGUCCUAGGAACAUUACUGAAAGUUUUCCAGGCCCUGUUCUUAAAUGAUUUCAGUAAACAGUCAGAUAUCUUGACUGUGCUUCCAGAGCCUGUUAAAUCAAAAUAUCAAGAUCUGCUGGGAGUUCAGCAUCAAAGGGUGAAACUGCUUGAAAACAUACAUCAACAGCAAGACAUCUUUAAACCAGAAGAAAUUCUUUAUACGACAUUGGGUUUCAGUGUUGCCCGAGCAAGUAGCUCAUUGAUUUCUGCUGGAAAAGGUGUCUUCGUUACUAAAGGAUUGGUACCAAAAGGCGCGGUUGUAUCUAUGUAUCCUGGUACAGUAUAUCAGAAGUAUGAGCCAAUCUUUUUCCAGUCUAUUGGAAAUCCAUUUAUUUUUAGAUGCCUGGAUGGGGUACUCAUUGAUGGAAAUGACAAAGGAAUAUCCAAAGCCGUGUACAAAUCUUGCAAUGGUAGGGAUCGACUUGGUCCUUUAAAAAUGAGUGAUAGUACAUGGCUAACAUCAGAAAUUAAUAAUCCACUGGCUGUAGGACAAUAUGUCAACAAUUGUUCAAAUGACAGAGCCGCUAAUGUCUGUUAUCAGGAAUUUGAUGUGCCUGCAGUUUUCCCUAUAGAACUGAAGCAAUAUCUUCCAAACAUUACCUACAGCUAUGACAAACAAAGCCCCCUCCGAUGUGUUGUUCUUGUUGCACUUAGAGACAUCAAGCAAGGAGAAGAGCUUUUUUCAAACUAUUACACAAUUGUCAGCUAACUGUGAAUAAGAAAUUAGGUUUUCUACUCAGAUAUUGAGUUAAUUCUAAGUGUUUUUCGUUAAUCACUUUUCUGAGUUCCACCUGUAGAACAAAUAUUUUGAGAUCUAAUUGGAGUAGGAAUAUUUUGUUACUAAUAUUAUAUUUAUGUUCCAAUUUCAUGACAAAAGCUAUUUGCUUCAUUACAAUUUCAAAUUGGUAAUGCAAUUCCAAUUUUAAUUGGUUUUCACCUAAAUACACAGCAGCUUAUUAAAUUAAAACCUACUACUUGAACUUAUGAUUUCAGUUUUUCUUGUUUAUUUGGUAUAUCUCUGUGGUGCUUUAUAAAAUUUUAGCCAAGCACCAGCAAUUCUUAGAGUAUCGUUGAUGUGUACAAACUUCUGUAAAAAUUUUAUUAUUACGGAAUAAAGUCAAAAA